GAACUAAAAAGAUGAGGACCAGGAAGCUGCUGUAUCCGGCAGAAAAAGUCUGGGUGGACAAGCACAGGUACGAUGAGGCGGAGAGGCUCCACUAUGAACGGGAAGCAACUCUGGCCGCCUCUGCCGCCGGGCCCUGCCACGAGCUGGUGGCCGUCAACGGCUUCUGUCAUGAUGAACCCGGCGAGGAAGAGCCGGAAGGAGACCCAUGCAGAGCUGGAAGCAACAAGAAGCACAAGAAGAGGAAGUGUUCGGCCAGAGCCAGCCCUUUCGAGCCCAGAGUGGACCUCGUCCUGACGGGGCUGUUAGCUGACCGUGUGUGGUUUGACAAGCCUCUCUUUGACCAGGCGGAAGCCGCCUACCGGAAGAGGCUUGCGGACGCUCUUUCGCAGGCGGUGUCUGAGACGCCACCAUCUGCCGAGCCCUCUGCCUUGGUGCCCUGGUCUGAAUGCUCCCACGACAGCCUGAUCGCCUGUCAUCACCUGAUCCAGGACAUUUGGGUCAACAAGGUCGACUUUGACGACGCCGAGAAGACAUUUGUCGAAAAAUGCCAGUCGAUGGCUCUGGCACAGGCCCUCCACCUUCCCACGUCCGCGGAGGCUACGGUUUGCACCGGCGCAUCAUUAGCCUCUCCCGAUCUGCCUGCUGCUUUGGACCAGACUGUGAAUGGCAAACCUCAGCUGGCCGGCUUACAGUCCCUGGUUUCAGAGGUCUGGCUGGAGAAGCCCGUUUACGACGAUGCAGAGAGGAGCUUCUAUGCAAACAUGUUUGACGGGCACCCGCCUGGGAAGGUGAGGUUGCAGGAGCGCGAGCGGCCAGAGUCCCUGAAGAGGAGCCGCAAAGACAAGAAGAGCCGAAGCACAGCGAAGAGGGGGAAUUCCACUGCCUCUGUCGGCGUACCUCAAGAUGUUUCUCACACACCGUAUACCUGGUAUUUCAUGCACAAGGAUAGCGAAUCUCUGUGGCUCAAUAAGCCCGUGUACGAUAGCGCUGAAGCACACUACUAUGCGGCCAAGGCCUUGAAACUGGCCAGCGAGCAAGAGAACGCCAGGAUGUCCGGGGCUGUGCCCCAAAAGCCCCUGCCGCCUGCAGCCCAGCCUUCCGGCACACCAGAAAACAUGGCCACCAGCUUCCUCAUGCACGAGAAGAUCUGGUUUGAUAAGUUCAAGUACGACGAUGCCGAGAGGAGGUACUACGAACAGAUAAACGGUCCGGUCUGCAGCCCUUCGUGCCCGCAGAACGGAGCCAGCACGAUCCUCCGCGACAUUGCCAGAGCCAGGGAGAAUAUCCAGAAGUCGCUGGCCGGAAGUGGGAGUAGCACCUCUUCAGCGGGGCCCUCCGGGGACCAGAAUGAGCUGGUGGCCAGGAUUGCAUGUCUGGAGACGGAGAACCUGAACCUUCGUAGCGUGGUUACGGACCUCCAGCUAGCCAUCUCCAGACUGGAAACUCGCCUGAGUAUGCUGGAAAAGACAUCUACCUCUCAUCACCCAUCCCAGAUGCCCCCCACACAGCAUGUCACCCCCAUGAAGAAAUUCGAGCCGCUCCCCGCCCCUUCAAGGAAAACGGAGCUGCCCGGGUCUUCGCUUGCAAAGCAGGCCGAGUCAGCCGCUGCCGAGGAGGAGGAGGAUGAAGACGACAUCGAUCUAUUCGGCAGUGAUGAUGAGGAGGAAGACCAGGAGUCUGCCAGAGUUCGGGAAGAGCGGCUCCGGCAGUACUCGGAGAAGAAGUCCAAGAAGCCCGGCUUGAUUGCCAAGUCCUCCAUCCUCCUGGACGUCAAGCCCUGGGAUGACGAAACUGACAUGUCCAAGAUGGAGGAGUGCGUCCGAACCAUUCAGAUGGAUGGUCUGGUCUGGGGAGCCUCCAAGCUGGUCCCGGUGGGCUAUGGCAUCAAGAAACUCCAGAUCCAGUGUGUGGUGGAGGAUGACAAGGUUGGGACAGAUAUCCUGGAGGAGGAGAUCACCAAAUUUGAAGACUAUGUGCAAAGUGUUGACAUCGCUGCCUUCAACAAGAUAUAACAGCAAACCUUUAUUACACUUUCUGAAGCUAAUAAAAGGUCAAGCAUUGGA